ACUUGUUCUAGCUAUUAAGGUGAUGUGUCCCUUUCAUCACCCUGUUGAUGUGACCCCUGUUGGUUCAGGUGUGUGUUCUUCAGCUCGGACGGCAGCUGUCUGUACAGCGGGUCCACAGACUCUCUGCGGAUCUUCGGCUGGGAGCCCGACCGCUGCUUCGACGUGGUGCCGGUGGGCUGGGGGAAGGUCUCGGACCUGGCGGUCUGCAACCAACAGCUGAUCGGAGUGUCUCACCAGCUGUCCAGCGUGUCGUCCUUCGUGGUGGAUCUGAAGCGCGUGAAGAAGAGCGGCGGCUCCAUGAUCCAGGGAAUCAUCCAGGACAACCAGCCGCUCACAGAGCCAAAGGAUCCCAGAGGAGCCGCGCUGCGCAGGAACUACGAGAGACCCACCACCACCUGCAGCUCGCAGAGGGUGAAGCAGAGCUCUGAGGCUGAUAGGCGGAGCCCCGAGGGCGAGAGGCGGAGCCCCAGCGAGGACGAGGCGGACGAGAAGCUGUCGUCGGCUGAAAUCCACAGCGCAGAAGACUUCAAGGAGAUCUUCCAGCCCAAGAACGCCAUCUCGAGAACUCCUCCCAGGAUUUCGGAGCCCUUCCCGGCUCCGCCAGAGGACGACACUGUUUCAGCAGUUGGACGUCAGCUAAAGGACAUUUCUCCUUUCCCUGAAAAGCUGCAGGUCAGUGAACGCAGCAGCUGUCUCUCUCAGACAUUAAUGAGAAACAUGCGUUGAUUCUUUAUGUUAACAUA